GGAGAUCCUAUUCUCUACUUGCCCUAUAUUGUGUAUACCAGAUUUUAAAAUACGAUAAUUAAAAGUGCAUCUCCGGAGCGGAGAGUGGCACCGAGUGAGAUCCGAACGAGGAUAGAAGUGCAUCGCCAAGCGAGAAGGUAAGCGUGCUACGGUGCGGGAGCGAGCGAGAGCGACGAAGGGAGAAGGAGACAGGAAAACGGGACGGAGUUAAAAGCGCCGUACGACACGCAGAAGGACAAAGACCGCGGCGUUGGCAUAACCUCCAAGUCGUCGAUCGUUUCGCGCCGCGCGUUUCGGAGAUCGUUGCGCGAGUCCAAGUCACGAGGUGUUCGUUCACUGCGGGGAUAGAGAAAGGGAGAGAAUAUAUUUUUGCAAGUGUGCAACGCGCGCCUUCUACUAGAGCGACGAUUCAGGCACGUUAUCUGGGAAAGGGAAGAGGAGACUGCUGGAGAGAGAGAAAGCACGUGCAUCAUCAACAUCCGGCCAGCGGCAACGUCCGUCGAGCUGGAAGAUAGUCGAUAGAUCGAGAAGGUUAGAUCUGUUCAAGUUUGUUACGCGUUCUUUCGCGACACCUGGUAUACGAUUAUAACGCGUAGAUAGAUCCGUUACGUGCGUGUAGUGCGAGUAGUGCGCGCGCUCCGUCAGUCACGUUUGGGCGCCACGACGUAGCGGAUAUAAAUAAAAAAGAAAGAAAUAAAUAAAGAGGAGCCCCCCCCUCCCCUCCCCCCAAGGCGACACACGGCACGCGUGUACGUAUAUACACGCGAACCGGGAGUGAAGUAGCGUGAGCAUUCGGUUGAUGGAUGAGACUGGCAGGAUGCUGCAACACGGAGGAUCAGGUGUGGGUCUGAUGGGUGGAAACCAGGGCCAGGCGGCCCAGAACACCGCCGGCUACGGCAGCAUGGGCCCGGUCGACGGCACCGCGGCUCAGGGCCCCGACCAGGCGGUCGAGGCCAGGAAACAGGACAUCGGCGAGAUCCUGCAGCAGAUCAUGAACAUCACGGAUCAGAGUCUGGACGAGGCGCAAGCGAGAAAACACACCCUCAACUGCCACAGGAUGAAGCCUGCCCUCUUUUCGGUCCUCUGCGAGAUCAAGGAGAAGACAGUUUUGUCGCUGAGAAACACGCAAGAAGAGGAGCCGCCAGACCCGCAGCUAAUGAGGCUGGAUAACAUGCUGAUCGCCGAGGGAGUCGCUGGACCAGAGAAGGGCGGUGGUGCGGGGGCCGCUGCAUCGGCAUCCGCGGCAGCUGCGGCCGGUCCACCCGGGCAACCGGACAACGCGAUCGAGCAUUCGGACUAUAGGGCCAAACUUGCUCAGAUUAGGCAAAUUUAUCAUCAAGAACUAGAGAAAUACGAACAGGCUUGUAACGAAUUCACUACUCACGUAAUGAACCUGUUGAGGGAGCAGAGUCGUACCAGGCCAAUCACGCCUAAAGAAAUUGAAAGGAUGGUUCAGAUUAUCCACAAGAAGUUCUCCAGCAUCCAAAUGCAGCUGAAACAGUCCACUUGCGAAGCUGUGAUGAUCCUGAGGAGUCGAUUUUUGGACGCCAGACGUAAAAGAAGAAAUUUCAGCAAACAGGCGUCCGAAAUUCUGAACGAAUACUUUUAUUCUCACCUUAGUAAUCCCUACCCGAGCGAAGAGGCCAAGGAAGAGCUCGCGCGAAAAUGCGGAAUUACCGUGAGUCAGGUGUCCAAUUGGUUCGGAAAUAAGAGGAUACGCUAUAAGAAGAACAUCGGUAAAGCGCAGGAGGAAGCGAAUCUGUACGCAGCCAAGAAGGCAGCUGGAGCAUCGCCGUACAGCAUGGGCGGUGCCAGCCAAGGCACCCCGACGCCGAUGAUGUCUCCGGCGCCGCCCGGAGGACCGCAGGACAUGGCCGGAUACAGCAUGGGGAUAAACGGCAGCGACUACGGUUCGCAGCCGUACAACGACGGCUCCAUGGGAUACGACCCCAUGCAUCAGGGCAAGGCAUUGGCUGGGGGGCCAGGCGCGGCGGGAUGGAUGCAACAGCGCGAGGCGGUGCCCGAAUUUCCGCCUCUCCACGAUUCAGCGGACUCUGAUUCCGACCGGGAAAACGAAAAGCGGCCGCGUGUCUAAAGACUCACACUCGUGUUUUCUUUCUUCCCCCUCAUCCUUCCUUCCGCGAGGCGGAACACACACGCGCGCGCGCGACGUGUUAGGCGAGAGAGAGAGAGAGAGACUGUACGAGCGAUGCGUGCAAAGAGGAGCGAGCGGAGCGAGCGUGCGUGCGUGCGAGCGAGCGAUUAAACGAGAAACCAACAUCACAUACAGCAACGCAAUCCCAAUCGACAAGACACAACACGACACAACAUGGCACACGCCACAGGGUGAAAGAGAAACGUAUACGAAAUAUAUGAUAUAUAUACACGGUCCGUUCUGCUGGUGUUCCUAACAAGUAGUGUUCGUUUUCAAACUCUUCGAGCAACUCUCUUCUCGUUUUGAUUCUGUAUCAGAAGGAAGAAGGAUACGUGCGGACGUACGCGUGGACCGUCCGAGCUCAUCGCAGAAGGCAGGUGGCAAGCUCGGAACUCGGAAGAUGACGGAGCGAUUAAGUCGUCUGGCUGUUGUUCGUUGUCAACUAAUGUAUACGCGAGCGUGUAUCUCGGUGCUCGGGGAUCGAAGAGAGAUCAUCGGUCGUGAAACGCGAUUAAAGCGCGUCUCCGUUCACGUAUCCUUUGUUAUCCGGGACUAUGGCGGACUAUGUCGAGCAAUUUUUCGCGAGAGAUCGCGUGCUCCGAGAGAGGCGAGGCGCACAGAGCGAACGGAGGAAAGUGAACGGUGAGAGGAAAAAAAAAAAUAAAAAAUACGCGAGCGACAAAGGCGGUAGGUCAGUGUGCUCCUCCUUACGGCGGAAGUCCGUUUCUCUGAAGACAAUAGGUCGACGUACACGCGUCUAGCUAGGGAGAGAGCGUACACAGACCAAUCACAUUUACAACUGCUACAACAAGGACGCGGCGUUUCCAAGCCUCUCUAAUUUCAGUGAGAUUUUAUUGUUAAGACCAAAAGUAUUCCAUCAUGAUUAUUUUAUUUGUACGACGUCAAAUAAUUGUGACAUCAUCGGCACCGGAGGAUAUCUUUACUUUUUUGUAGUUUUAUUUAUUUAUUUUUUUUUUCUUUUAAUAAAUUUAAUCGAUUUUUUUUUAAUAAGCUUGAUGAAGAUCCGUUUGGAGACUGCAGUCUUUUUUUCUUUUUUUUUUUGGAAACGCUGUGCGUAAACAUCAUUUUUCACAACAUAUGAACACGGCUCUUAUGUUAAUGUCUUGUUAUUCGUUCCCGACAUGUUAAUCUUAUUCUUAUGUAAUGCUGGCGAAUGUCUUUUACGUUCUGAACCCUGUACCCUUUAUUUUCUAAGUUGAGCUUUAAAAUGCAAUCACGAUCCUUUGCACGUUGCGUACGCUGAGAGGUUCGAAUUCGCUGAGGAAAUAAAAAGUCGACUUUCUGUUUCAGUCAACGUGACGCUACGAAUACUUCGAAAUAUUCUUUGAUUGAUCAGUCAGUUAAAAUUUUUUCUUCCAAUUGAUCAACGAAAUGCUUCAAAGCCUUUGUGAGAUUCUAACUGCACCUUUAUAGUCACGAGGGAUCCGCGAAAAGAAUAUAUUUAG